AUAGAAGACACUAAUUAUGAUGAGAGCUAUUCUGAUUUUGAUGAACCUGCAACUGAAAUAGAAAACCUUUCUAUUCUUAAUUUCGGCAUUGAUGCAUAUCAAGAUAUUAAGAAUAAAAUUUUACAGAAGAAUAGUAAUAAUGAAAAUGAAGAUUACAAUCUUAAUGAUACGACUGAAGAAAAUAUAUC